ACCAAAUUGAGUUGCAAAAAUGGCAGAUGGGCCACAACUUCCAUCUGUAAUCCAGAAGAUAAGAGUGCAACCUUACCUCUCCAUCACGCACUUUCCUAACCAUCAAGCCUGGACUUCAAGCUUGCAAAACAUUCCCAGUGCUGGUGGAUAUGCGAUCGACAGAUUGCACAAAACAAUGCUCCCAGCAAAUGCAGGCUCUGCCUCCUAUCUUGCUUCACCUCUGCUUCCAGUAUUUGUAAGAGCUCCACUGGAAAAGCGUAAGUCUGCCUCUCGAACUAGGUUAGUUUAUGGAUCAUUCCGUGUUCUUUUUGGGGUGCUAAUUGCUCCAAUUGGGAGAGUGAAACUCCUGAUCCAGUGCCAAGAUGAGAUGAUCAAGUCAGGUAGACUACCUAAGCCUUAUAAAGGAAUUGUUAACUGCUUCGCCAGAACAAUCAGUAAUGAAGGCUUCAUAUCCCUUUGGAGAGGCUACAUCCCUGGUGUCAUCAGCGACGUUUCCUUUAGAGUAAUACGCUUUGGCCUUGACAACUAUUUUCUGGCUUUAACCAAUUUCAAGAAAGACAAAGAUGGCUACUGGAAGUGGUUACUCGGAGGCUUGGCAGGAGGACUUUUUGCCAAUUUAGCAACUCAUUUUGUUGUUUAUCCCCUGGAUUAUGCCCAGACUCGCCUAGCCAAUGAUAUCAAGACAAGCAAUAAGAUUGAAGAAAGGCAAUUCAAAGGUUUGAUUGAUGUCUACAAAAAAACUAUAAGAUCAGAUGGCAUUGCUGGACUGUACCGUGGAUUUGCUAUCUCAUGUUGUAAAAGCUUAUUAAGUAAUGGGGUCUACUUUGGCAUACAUGUUUUCUUCAGGCCGUUUAUGUUACUCAGGGUCCGGUCAUAGGAUGACUUCUUGGCUGCAUCAGUAAUGGCAGUGGGAGUUGCAGUUUGUCAAAAGAUGGCAACUUACCCAUUGGACACUGUACAAAGGAGGAUGAUGAUGACCUCUGGAGAAGUUGUUAAGUAUCAGAGUUCAAUACAUGCAUUUGCAGAGAUUAUCAGGAAUGAGGGUGUUAAGUCCCUUUAUAAGGGUGGAGGUGCAUGC